UUUCCUGUAUUGACAGUACAAAUGUCAAAAUUGACGUUUACUGAUUGUCAUUACAAAAAUUGUAGUUUUAAUAAUAACAAAUAGUAUCGAAUAAAUAAAGUGCCGCCGUUAAUAUUUAGUUGCGAUAACAUGGAAGAAGUGGCAAGUCGUGUAAAAACCAACGAAGAGGUUAUCGAAGACCUAACCAAAGAUUUGCAAAAUUCGCACAUUCCUGACGAUUUUGAAGCCUCUGACUCUGAUUCGACUAAACCUGAGGCCCCGCAACACCUUUCGGAUGACUCAGAUGAUGAAGAAUUGAAGAAUCAGGAGUUGGAUUUGAUUGAUGAGGAAAAGGAAGCGCGGAGGGAGCAAGCAAUUGUGUUAAAAAAUAAAGGCAAUGACGAAUUCAAAAACUGUAAAUAUUUAGAGUCUAUUGGGACGUACAGUGAAGCUUUGCGGUUGUGUCCUUUGAAAUACAGUAGUGAUCGAGCGAUUUUGUAUGCAAAUAGGGCAGCUUCUAAAAUAAAUGUGGAGAGGAAAGCUAGUGCGAUAGAUGAUUGUACGAAAGCUAUAACGUUGAAUGAUAAGUAUGUAAGGGCCUAUUUAAGAAGAGCAAAGUUGUACGAGGAAACUGACAAAUUGGAUGAGAGUUUAGAAGAUUUCAAGAAAAUUCUAGAGUUGGAUCCUGGUAAUAAAGAGGCGUUAAGUGCUACCCAUAGACUGCCGUCACUUAUAGAGGAAAGAAAUGAAAAACUGAAGACAGAAAUGCUAGGAAAAUUGAAGGACUUGGGAAACAUGUUUUUAAGACCGUUCGGACUAUCCACAAACAAUUUCAAAUUGCAGCAAGAUCCGAACACGGGAGGAUAUUCUGUAAACUUUCAACAAAAUGGAUCAAAUUGAUAUUUAGUUUUUGUGAUAGUUUUCAAACUUGUGAUAUUAAACUACAUUUUCAAUAAUUACCGUACCAAAACUAGAAAUUUAUUUCAACUUUUCUUGUAGUUAUUGUAAAUACUACCAUCACGUUAAAAAUAAAACAGUUCCACGUAGUUAGUAAUCCUUUAAUUUACAAGUAGCAAGAUACAUCAAAUCUGCCUUUUCUACUAAAACUAAAGUAAGAAAAAAAAGUUUAGUCCAAGUUAUCACCAUUGGGAUGGAACCCCAGACUAGGAAUUUAUUUAACUUUUAUUGUAAUUAUUGUGUACCACCAUCAAGUUAAAAAUAAAACAACUCCAAGUAGUUAAUAA